GACGGCACUGACUGGCAUCACUUCUGGGCACUGACUGGCGGCACUGACUGGCACAACCCCUGGGCACUGACUGGUGGCACUGACUGGCAGCACUGCUGGGCUGCACUGGUGGGCGGCACUGGUGGGCACCACUGGUGGGUGGGCACAGGUGGGUGGCACUGGUGGGCACAGGUGGGUGGCACUGGUGGGCACAGGUGGGUGGGCACAGGUGGGUGGCACUGCUGGCACAGGUGGGGGCACAGGUGGGGGCACUGCUGGGCACAGGUGGGGGCACUGCUGGGCAUGGGUGGGCGGGGCUAACGCACUGCUGGGAGGAACUUGCGGGGG